CGCGCAGACAGAAAACCGCAAAUCCCAGCAGCCACCUCUACAAGUUUGCCCUAUCCUGGCGGUAGGAUACUGCAGCCGCCAAUCAGUUCUUGUGCCGCUCUCCGAUUUGUGAUGCUGUGCACGUUUUGGGGGGAAACGUACGGAAUGGGCUUGUAAGGGGGCUUCUAAUCCAGCUGACCCCAUGCAGAAACUGGGGGAAGGAGGACUCUGUCAGCGUCUUUUCGUAGGAGGGGGUCGUAGCAGAACAUCCCCUAGGACUCAACACAAUUAUGCUACGUACGUUGCCUGGUCGUUGCUACCUGGCGGGGAAGGUGGUAGCAAGGAGCAAUCGUGGUUUGCUGAAGGGGCGAAGGUCCUGGUUCGGCAGUGCCCAUCAAGUGGGCUUGUUCAUGAGCAGCCCUGGCAAUCCAAACCUGGGUCCAGCGGGUCCUGAAGAAAAGCACCCAAAGAGUAAUACGCUUCUCAAAGAGUGGACCUUGGUUGUCAGUCCCUUUGGUCUGCUAAAGGCGUGUCUCCCUUGCCACAUUACGGUGGGCGCCCUGGACCCACAUAAGUACCCUAAUUCUGACAGGGUAUUUGUUGCACUUCGGGGGAGGAAUUCCAAUCCCCAGCAGGCCUCAGAUCUGCACUUGCUUGUGAACUACGAUGAGGCCCGAAAGGAGGUGAUGAUCAUCUCUGAGGGCAUGGACAGUACAGCUUCUCUAGAUGUGAGGACUCCUGUGAAAUUUGACCUGGAUGUCAAGACAUCAGGAAAUGGCUCUGUGAAGAUUGAACAAAUGGAAUGUGCUAGCUGCAAAGUAGAAACAGAGAAGGGAAAUAGUGUACUGCAGUCAAUAAAGAGUCAGAAAAUUGAUAUUCAGGCAAAAGGAGGGAAAGUUAUCUGCUUGGGAACUCUUCAAGGAAACACUGAUAUUCGUGUAUCACAAGAAAGUAGUGUGAACAUAGAAAAACUCCAAGGAUCAUCUAUUAACAUUGCAAGUGAAAACGGUUUGCUAAAAGCUAAAUAUCUCUAUGCAGACUCCUCAUUUCUGACAUCAGCUGCUGGGGACAUUUUAUUGGGGAAUAUUCACGGUGAUAUUACCUUGGAGACUAAAACAGGAAACAUCACAGUUGAGUCCUCUGAAGGAUCUUUAAAAGCCUUUACAUGUCAAGGAGAAAUAGAUGCCUAUGUUCUUCGUCAAACUGGAGAAGUGAAGCUGAAUUCUCAGGAAGGCUCCAUUACUGUCAAGGUACCUGCAACUCUUCAAGCUUCUCUGAAGUUAUCUGGAACUAAGGUGGAAGUGAGCCCAGAGAUCCAAUGGCAGGCUACCCAGACUGUUUCUAGAGAAGACCGCAUAAUAGUGACCGGCCACAUGGAUCAAAAGGAUGAAAAAGGAAAAUGUAUUAAAGCAGAGACACAGUAUGGCACAGUAAAUCUCAAAAGUCAAAGCUGGUUCCAGUCUCUGAAGUUGAAGAUUCCUUGAUAAUACUUGCUUUAUAAAUAUAGGCAGAACAAUGAGAGGUGACUGUGAAAUAAGGUUAUACUUCCUAGUAAUGAAUUGGAGAAGUUUUGUUUUCUUGAUGUCUUUCUAGCUUAAAACUUUAUUUCAGAAAUGAUGAAGAAGUGUAAUUCCCUAAUUUUGUUCUUGGUGAUUCUGUUAGUCCAUUCAACAAGCCUUAUCAAUUUUAAGAUUUUGAAACA